UAUUUUUGGUUUUAAGCUAGUCUAACUGGUUACUUGUUGCUUUCAAGCUAAGCUCUCGGUUAAUAUAAUAUAUUACGGUUGUUUUCCCAUGACCGUUUGCUAUUGUUUCUACAUUAAGGAUUAUCGGAAAUUUAUACUUUUACGAACUUUUAUUAAAAAUGCUGGUUUAAGUGCUAUAUUUAUUUUUUAACUAAAAUAAAGUAUAAAUAAGUUAAAAAUAUGGAAUCAUUUCGUCGGGCUUAUAGAGAUCCAAAAUCCCCACUCACUCCUCUAACACCGUUGGCUUCGAAUGCAGCAUUUAAUUUUAAUUUGGGCGGAGACGAUUCGCUUAAACCAUUUAUUAAUGUCAUAACAGGAACCCCACGGUGCUCACCAACUGUUCCGAGGAGUGGUAUAAAAUGUGUUAAUCCGAAUAAAUACACCAAGCCUCAACCGACACAGCUAAACACGCGAAAUGUCUCAACUAAGGCCACAGAUAAGGCCAGAAAACUUUCACCAAGAUUUGCUGCUAACAUGAAGCCCGAAGUAGAUAUGAAACAGGUUUUCCAAGUUGCAGAUCACAGCGAUAGUUGUCUGAUGUCGAAAUCUGACAUAAAUAAUAAUUCCAGGCAAACUUGCGCCUACAGUUCGGCCGCGUCAUCAAAUGUUCGUGGCACAUCGAGUUAUGGCUAUAAAAAUGAGCCGGGCCGGCAAAGUUCCUCCUAUGACUCCAGCUUAACCGAUUCCAAUUUAUCGAACGGUUCAAGUAUCUCCUUUGAAUCGAGCACGAGUACAUCUUCAAGCUGUCAAGAUGGCAAUCGUCGACGUAAGCCACCAAAACUUGUACUAAAUGAUACAGCGCUUGAUGUGCCUGAAUUAACUAUGUCAUCUGUUUUCAACUGGGUUUGGAAUCGUUUAUCACCUAUGAAAAAUCCAUCAAUUUACGAGCUAUUGUCGCGCGUCGGUAUGCAAAAGUACUGGAAUAUCUUUCAAAAGGAGGAAAUUGUUGAUUUGGAUGUGUUUUCAACUUUAACUAUGGAUGAUUUGAAAUCAAUUGGUAUUAAGGACACUAAUGACUGCGUCAAAAUAUUGAAAUCAGUUGCCUGGGCAAUAGAUUUUUUAUCUGAUUUGCUAAAUUUUAAAAAGCCUUAACUUGGUAGUAGAGAGAAUGUUUCUUUUUUAAUUAAUUAUUUUAUUAGCUAAAUUUUAUAUAAUUGUGUGUUGUUUCAAAGUUUAUGAUUUGUAUUUAUGAUUGUUAUUGGAAAAUUAUACUGACUAUUUUGAAUAAACUUGACUGUUUUAAAAAAGUGUGUAAC